UGAUCUCAGCAGCCAAUGGGAGGACGGGGCGGGGUUUAGAGGCAAAACAACCAAUAGAGAGGCUGGGGGCGGGACCUAACGUCUUGAUUCUCCAGCAGAGAACGGCAGUUUCUUCUUCUCUUCUUCUCCUCCUCUGCCAUGGACUCCGGCCUGUCUCUGGUCUCCUUCUGGUCUCUGUUAGCAUGUAGCCUGCAGCUGCUAGCCGCUGUGAUGCUAACCCACAGGUGUGGGGGGCGGGGCUUAGGGCCGGACAGGUGGGUGGUGCUGUGGCUCUUCUAUGACGUCAUCGUCCACCUGACGCUGGAGGGUCCGUUUGUGUACAUGUCUGUGGGGGGGCGGACGGUGGAGACUUCAGAGGGUCCUCUGGCGGAGCUCUGGAAGGAGUACGGGAAGGCGGACCGCCGCUGGCUGACCUCUGACCCCAACAUCGUCUCCAUAGAGAUCCUGACCGUGGUCCUGGACUCCCUGCUGGGUCUGGGUCUGAUCUACGCUGUGCUCCAAGACCAGUUCUACAGGCACUUCCUGCAGGUGGCGCUGUGUGUGUGCGAGCUGUACGGCGGCUGGAUGACCUUCUGUCCUGAUUGGCUGAUGGGCAGUCCUCACCUGGACACGUCCCGCCCCCUCUACCUGUGGGUCUACCUGGUGUUCUUUAACGGGCUCUGGGUCCUGGUCCCGGUUCUGCUGCUGGUCCAGUCCUGGUUCAGUCUGAAAACUCUGCAUAUAGGGGACCACGGGGAGAAGAGGAAGUAGACACUGUUCUAUUAUCGAGGAUUACCAACCUCCCAAUCGACCAAUCACAAUCCAGUAUUCAAGCUGUGUAAUAAUCAACAUUAAACGACUGACUUCAUUAAA